AUGUGGCUCGCGCGCGUAAUUGCGUUAACCGCGUGUUUUAUCACCGCGAGGUGCAUCACUCCCACGGACGAGAAUUACGCACAUACGAUCGAUUACCUGCAGAAAUACGGAUAUCUGACCGAAGAUGUGGACGCGUUUCCAGCUCAGAGACGAAACGACGUUUUUCGCAACGCCAUCGAUGAAUUUCAACAAUACUACGGUCUGCCCGGCGAUGGAACGCUCGACAACCAAACGCUGCAAUUGAUGCGUAAACCGCGAUGUGGUUUCCAAGAUAUCCUAAAACACGGAACGAGAGCGAGUCUAUCCAAAUGGCCGAGGACUCACCUGCGGUGGAAGUUUUCCGUAGGGACUCAGGACGAUUUGAAUACCGCGCAGGCCGCGUUUGACCUGUGGACGCAGCAUUCGGCAUUGACGUUCGAACGCUCCGAAACGAAUCCCGACAUUAUAAUAUCUUUUCGAACUUUACGUCACGGUAACACAAAUGUCGACGUAAACGGCCCAAAUUGCUCGGCCAAAUUCGACAGUCCCGGUAACGUGCUCGCCCACGCGCAUUUCCUGACGGACGUAGCGGGGUUCGUCUCUGAGAUACACGUCGACGGGGACAAGCCGUGGCAUAUUCACGUCGGUAAACAUCCCGCGGAUAAGUUCUCCCUGCAUUACACGCUGACCCAUGAGAUCGGCCACUCUCUCGGAUUGGCGCACAAUAAGCGCAGAACAUCGGUGAUGUUUGCGUUCACGCCCGACAAGCAGUAUCCGGUUAAGCUCGACAAAUCCGACAUUCUCGACGUUCAACGUUUGUACGGUGAAAAAGUUAUGAACGAGCCCCCGCGGACGCCGGCGCUGCCGCCACCGCCACCGCCGCCAAUGCUGGACCUGUGCACCAUUGAUCGCGUGAACGGGAUAUUAAUUUUGGAAAAUCGUAUGUACAUCUCGUACAAGCGUUACGUUUGGUCGAUCGAUCUCGAUGGUAGGACGUACAAUGGACCUCUAGCCCUUUCGAAUCACAUGUGCUUUCUUCACGACAAUUACACGCGCGUGACCGCCGCCUAUCAAUCCCUGUCCGGUGAUCUCAUGGUGUUCGUAGAUAAUUUGGUAUACAUGGUUCAAUAUCCGGAAUUUACGUUUCGACCAAGUUGGCCGAGGACCUUGCAAGAACUCGGAUUUCCCGAACGAACGAUAAUCAACGGAGCGGUAAACACCCACAGAGGACGUUCCUUCGUAGUGUUCAACGGUAAUUCGGUGGGCGAGAUAAACGAAUGCAACAAGAGAGUUGGCAUAUUUACGGCUUUCGAGGCGACGUUUCCCAGAAUACCGACCGGCGUAACGUCGAUUUUCCGAUACGUCGACGACAAUCUGUACUUCACCACUCGGACGCAGUUCUACAGAUUCAACGAAUUUACGAAAACCGUCACGGCUGCCGGUAAAUUCGAUCUAUGGCUGUUGAAUAUCGUUUGUCCUAAGACCGAACUGUUGCAACAGUUGCGCGAUCUUCUCGAUCGAAUUGUACGCGUCGGCGAUUUAACGUCACUGGCGAGCUAUUCGGACGAUGACGACGAUUCGGGCGUUCAGCUUUCCGAUCGCCGUACCAACCGAAGGAUCUAG